GUGACUCCCACUGGUCCAAAGUCCUGCAAGUGAACACAGACACCAACGGACUGAGACACAAAAAAUGUAUCCGCAUGUGCCGGAGCUUCAGCCUGCGGGAACCCCCCACCUGCCGCCUGGGGCUGCACCUCAACAAAACCGAACCCCCAAGGGCGGCGGAAACUGGAAUCUUCACCUCCAUCGCUUCACGGAUCCGCCACUGGCUUCAGUCCAAGAGACGGUACGAAGUCUCCCCAGUCAAAGAGACGGCAGGCGGCGACAGGGCGGACAAACCCAACGGCGCCGAGGGCGGGGAUUUCACCGCUGCUUCCGUCAACGGAAACACUUUACGAACUGAACCCAUCAAAGAGGAUUAUCUAAUCAUCAGCCAUAUCAACAACUAUCACCCGGAGUUGAAGCGUUCAGAGGCGUCGCGUGGGUUUAGCAUCGGCGUUUCCAAAUCGUCAUCUGCUAUUGCGUCUAGCGGCAGAAACAGCGGGACAAACACGCCGCUGAUUUCUAAACUUUUCACCCACGAUAAAAGUAUUCCCAACGCCGGUCACAAGAAGCCGGUUGUGGACAUCAACAUCGAAUUCGCUGACCAGAUUCCGGCACCAGAGCCUCGGUCACACUUCAUUAGCAACCCGCUCAAGCUGAACCAGAACCACACGUCGAAAACGUCCAUCAUGACUCCCGCGACGCGAGCCUUAUCUAGGAGUCAGCAGCUGCGUCAGUCGAGGAAUAAAUACAUGAAGCUUUUACAGAAAACUGGGCAGCUGAGUCCUGGCCGGAGUCCUCUGACCGGCACCAUUAGUGCACCGGCAAAACAUGGUAUCGGAGAAAAGGGUUCCUCGCCUAUCGUCAAACGCCGGCUGAUCAAGACAUGGCCGCUGCCGUGUAGGAAACAACUGCGUGCAGACGAUGACGACCCCUGUGUGGGGGACUCGGAGAUGGAGCUGCCGUUUAUUCAAGAGAUGAGCAUCAACUACGACAGGUUUGGUAUACGAGGCAAGUCGUCGCUGAAAGAUUUUUCCAUCAACUUCAAAGAUCUAAAUCUGGGGGAUCUCAGCAGGAAAGGUCGGAGGUGUAAACUUUACAAAGGUCGUUGGCAUGGUGACGUGGUUGUCCAUGUGUUCGGGAAGCUGCGACAGAAAGACAAGGACGCUUUCUGGGCCAACCUGGGCAAACUGUGCCGCAUUCGUCACGAGAACAUCAUUUUAUUCAUGGCAGCUUGUACAAGCCAGCCUAAUUUGGCCGUGGUCACGUGCUCGCCUCAAGGGAAAUCACUGUACGAGCAUAUCCACAUUCAACGUGAAAAGAUGUCCAUGCACACCAAGAUAGGCGUGUUGAGACAGAUCGCGCUGGGCAUGGGGUAUCUUCACGCGAAGGGCAUUGUUCUAAGGAAGCUCAACACCAAAAAUGUCUUCAUUGGUCACAAAGUCAAGGUCAGCGCAAUGGAUUAUGGGUUUCCUGACAGCGUCCAUGACAGGCCCGACUACGGCACUAUUCCCCGCGGCCAUCUGACCUACAUUGCCCCUGAAAUCAUGUGUACCAUUAGAGUUAUGCCCCCUAGGCUUGUGCCCUUCUCGGCAUACUCGCCCGAAACAGACGUAUUCGCUUUUGGAACGAUAAUGUAUGAAGUGCUGACUGGCAAGUUCCCUUUCCAAGAAUCUGUGCCAGAACGGAUUAUCUGGCAAAUAUGUGCAGGUCACAGACAAAUACUUUAUUCACUCAAAUGUAGCACAGCCAUCAAGGCAAGUUUCAGCUUUUCUUUACCUCGCUAUGUAAAAAAUCUGGUAACAUUUCGGGCUAAGUCUGCUAUUUCUUGA